AUGCUUGCGGUUGUUACUGCUGGUAUGCUUGCGGUUGUUACUGCUAGUAUGCUUGCGGUUGUUGCUGCUGGUGUACUUGCAGUUGUUGCUGCAGUUGUUCUUAUGGUUGUUGCCACUGUUGUUCAUGUGCUUGUUGCUG